UGACACUCAAAAUAGGUGCCUGAUCGAACAACUGUCAUACACUGCAGGGACCGGUCAUCUCUUCGAUUGGCAAUGUUUCUCGGGCAUGCCACAUAGCAAUGCGGCUUCGAGAAGCUCAUCUCUUUGCCAAAGUCAGCACCCGAAUCCCCCACGCGAUCCCUGGCGCAUGCCCCCUAGCUCCGGAGAUUGAUUGCUACACCGUUUUCUCCCGCUACGGGCUUCGGAUUAAUGGAAUAUUUUGCGGCCACUUGAUUACUUGUUUUCUGGUGAACCCUAAAAUUGAACGAAGAGAAAUGUAUCGAAUGAGCCACCUGGGCACUCGUAUCUAGCAGUAUUAAUGAACAGGAGGCUAAGUAAGUAAUCGCUUGUACCACCCCGGG